AUUUCAACUGGGUGUUAUUGUGUUCGUUUGAGGCUUUGAGCUCCAGCACCCUUUGUAAACCAUAAGAGGGCGGACGUUAUUUUUCCCCCUCAGUGCAUUGGUUUAGACAUAUACGGAACGAAGUUUUAUGUGUGGUUGGUUUUACGUCAAGUGGGAGGGCUUUGUUGUUUCACUCAGUUGAUUGGUUUAGAAGGCUGGACUUCUCGUUCGGCCAGAGGGCGGGGCUUGUUUUUGUGCGUUGUAGCGAAGGCGUGCUGUAUGGAACGCGGGAACUGGCGGUACUGAUAAUAAGUUGUGACAUGCUUUUCAGUCGUCAGUAUUUUUAAGAUCAAAUAAUUGAUUGUAAUUAUUUUGAUUGCCGUUUGGAUACUAAGGGGCAGUUUGACAUGGAGUCUUUUCAGAAAGUCGAGAAGAUUGGAGAGGGAACAUACGGGGUUGUUUAUAAAGCCAAGAAUAAAAUCACCGGAGAGACCGUUGCCCUAAAGAAAAUUCGGUUAGACACAGAGACUGAAGGUGUUCCCAGCACCGCCAUACGUGAGAUCUCUCUGCUAAAAGAGCUCAAUCACCCAAACAUAGUCAAGUUGCGUGAUGUGAUACACACAGAAAAUAAGCUUUACUUGGUGUUUGAAUUUCUUCACCAAGACCUGAAGAGGUUUAUGGACUCGUCCUCUGUCACUGGCAUAUCCUUGCCACUCGUGAAGAGUUACCUGUUCCAGUUGCUCCAGGGACUGGCCUUCUGUCACUCUCAUCGUGUUCUUCACAGGGACCUUAAACCCCAGAAUCUCCUGAUCAACGCUCAGGGUGAGAUCAAACUGGCUGACUUUGGUCUGGCCAGAGCGUUUGGUGUACCUGUGCGGACUUACACACAUGAGGUUGUAACUUUGUGGUACAGAGCUCCAGAGAUUCUCCUGGGAUGUAAAUAUUAUUCUACAGCUGUUGACAUCUGGAGUUUGGGCUGUAUCUCUGCAGAAAUGAUCACUCGGAGGGCUUUGUUUCCUGGAGACUCUGAAAUAGACCAGCUCUUUCGGAUAUUUCGGACACUUGGCACUCCGGAUGAAUCUAUAUGGCCUGGAGUCACCUCAAUGCCAGACUACAAACCCUCCUUUCCCAAGUGGGCACGACAGGACCUGCCUAAAGUGGUGCCACCGCUGGAUGAAGAUGGCAGAGACCUUCUUGGGCAAAUGUUGAUCUAUGAUCCUAACAAGAGGAUCUCAGCAAAGAACGCCCUUGUUCAUCGGUUCUUCCGUGAUGUCACCAUGCCAGUGCCCCCCUUACGCCUCUGAAGUCAUCCGUGAUGAUACUUCAGCAGCACUGGAGUUUGGGUCCACUUUCUGAGAGUUAUUUCCCAUUUGUUUGGAAAUUGAUCAGUUUUAUACUAUGACUAUUUUUUAUUAUUUCAUUAUUCUAAGAUUAUAUUGUUCUAAUUAAUGAUUUGAAACCUAAUUUUUUGAUAGAUUCAUAAAAUAGUUGUCUCUGCAACUUAAUAAACUUGUUACAUUUUGUUUA